GGCUGGACUUUAGGGGCGAGGGGAGCGCGGGGAGAGCACCUGGGCCGCGGGGCUCCCGGCACUGGCAGCCUCCACCACGGCCAGGCUUCAGAGACAGGUUGGGGUCAGCGGCCCUUUCGCCUCCUUCCAGACUUCUAUGAAUGUUAAGUUAUCACCUAAUAUGAUGUCAAGAAAUAAUUUGGAAGCAUCGACUUGUAAAAUGACCGAAUCAUUUAGUUUUGAAAAAAAUGAAAGCAAGCUUCCACCACACGAUUCCUUAAGAAGUCCUGGAGCACAUCAUAACCAUCCUAAUUUCAGGUUGAAAAGUCCAGAGAAUGGAAAUAAAAAGAACAAUUUUUUGCUUUGUGAGCAAACCAAACAGUAUUUAGUGAGUCAGGAAGACAGUUCAGUAUCUUCAAACCCUAAUGGCAUCAAUGGAGAAGUUGGAUCCAAAGGAGACCGGAAGACGUUGCCGGCAGGAAACUCAGUGUCACCAUUAAGUGUUGGAAAUAAUUCACCACCCAAAGAAAUAAAAACUAAGCCCAGCAAUAGUGUGUCUCCUGCACAGUCAAAAAAAUCACACAAGUUGGUUGAAAAUUCCUUGUCCAUAAGUAAUCCAGCGCUCUUCAACUCUUUAGGACCUCCCCUUCGGUCAACAACUUGCCAUCGCUGUGGUCUGUUUGGGUCGCUGAGGUGUUCUCAGUGCAAGCAGACAUACUAUUGCUCCACGGCCUGUCAGAGAAGAGACUGGUCUGCCCACAGCAUUGUGUGCAAGCCUGUCCAGCAAAGUUUCCAUAAACUUGAAGAUAAUAAGUCACCUUUUGAAACAAAGAACAUGGAAGUGAAAAAUGAGAGUGACUGUCCACUUGGGGUUACUAAAGAAAUAGCCACUGAUACUGAGAAAAUAAUGUUUUCUGACUUGAGAAGUCUACAACUCAAGAAAACCAUGGAAAUAAAGGGUACAGUUACUGAAUUCAGACACCCAAGUGACUUUUAUGUCCAGUUAUAUUCUUCAGAAGUUUUAGAAUACAUGAACCAGCUCUCUGCAAGUUUAAAAGAAACAUAUGCAAAUAUGGUGCAAGAUGAAGAUUAUAUUCCGGUUAAGGGGGAAGUUUGUGUUGCCAAGUACACAGUUGAUCAGACCUGGAACAGAGUGAUAAUACAAGAUGUUGAUGUGCUACAGAAGAAGGUACAAGUCUUGUAUAUUGAUUAUGGAAAUGAAGAAAUAAUUCCAGUAAACAGAAUUCACCAACUGAACAGAAACAUUGACUUGUUUCCUCCUUGUGCCAUAAAGUGCUUUGUGGCUGGUGUUGUACCAGCAGAGGGGAAUUGGAGCAAUGAUUGUAUCAAAACUAUUAAAUCACUGUUCAUGGAGCAGUUCUGCUCUAUAAAGAUUGUCGACAUCUUGAAUGAAGAAGUGGUUACCUAUGCUGUAGAUGUCAUGCUACAAAAUUCAGGAAAAUUUUUAGACCAUGUACUUGUAGAAAUGGGAUAUGGUUUGAAACCCAAAGGACAAAAUUCUAAGAAACAAAGCACAGAUCAAAGCGAUCCUGAAGAUAUUGGAAAAAUGACAGCUGAAAAUAAAAUUGUUGUAGACAGAAGUGACCUAAUCCCCAAGGUGCUAACUGUAAAUGUGGGUGAUGAGUUCUGUGGUGUGGUUGCCCACAUUCAAACACCAGAAGACUUCUUUUGUCAACAAUUACAAAGUGGCCAUAAGCUUGCUGAACUUCAGGCGGCGCUCAGUGAGUACUGUGGUCAAGCAUCUCCACGCUCUGAUUUUUAUCCGACCAUUGGUGAUAUAUGUUGUGCUCGGUUCUCAGAGGAUGACCAGUGGUACCGUGCCUCCGUUCUGGCCUAUGCUUCUGAAGAAUCUGUACUUGUUGGCUAUGUUGAUUAUGGAAACUUUGAAAUCCUUAGUUUAACAAGACUUUGUCCCAUAAUUCCAAAGUUGUUGGAAUUGCCAAUGCAAGCUAUAAAGUGUGUGCUGGCAGGAGUAAAGCCAUCAUUAGGAAUUUGGACUCCAGAAGCUAUUUGUCUCAUGAAAAAAAUUGUACAGAACAAAAUGGUCACUGUGAAAGUGGUAGACAGGUUGGAAAAUAGCUCCCUGGUGGAACUCACAGACAAGUCUCUGACACCCAGUGUCAGUGUCACCAGAGCGCUCAUAGACGCUGGCUUUGCUGUGGAGGAAAAGGAGAUGGCGACAGAUAAACCCAGUGGCAUGAAAAAAGCCAGUGGCAGUGUUCCCUUGGGUAUAGAAGAAGUAAAUCCAUUGAAGUGGACAUGGGUUGAGCUUGCUAUUGACCAAACAGUAGAUGUCGUGGUCUGCAUGAUGUAUAAUCCUGGAGAAUUUUAUUGCCAUGUCCUUAGAGAGAAUGCUUUAAAGAAGCUCAAUGAUUUGAAUAAAUCAUUAGCAGAAUAUUGCCAGCAGAAGUUGCCGAAUGGUUUCAAGGCAGAAAUAGGGCAACCUUGUUGUGCUUUUUUUACAGGCGAUGGUAACUGGUAUCGUGCUUUGGUCAAGGACAUUUUACCAAGUGGAAACGUCAAAGUGCACUUUGUAGAUUAUGGAAACGCCGAGGAAGUUACUACAGAUGAACUCCAAAUGAUACCAUCAAAAUUUUUACAACUUCCAUUUCAAGGGAUACAGUGCUGGUUAGCAGAUAUACAGCCUAGAAACAAACACUGGACUAAAGAAACCAUAGCAAGAUUUCAGAUGUGUGUUGCAGGGAUAAAACUCCAAGCCAGAGUGGUUGAAAUCACUGAAAAUGGGGUGGGAGUUGAACUCACCGAUCUUUCCACUUCCUAUCCCAGAAUAAUCAGUGAUGUUCUUAUUAAUGAACAUCUGGUUUUAAAAGCUGGAUCCCCACACAAGGACAUGCCAAAUAAUAGACCUGUUAAUAAACGUAAUCAUCAAAUUGACACCCAGGGGCUUCAAGCCACCUCUUCAGCAGAGAAUUGGAAGACUAUAGAAUUGCCAGUAAAUAAAACUGUGCAAGCAAGCAUACUAGAAAUCAUAAACCCAAACCUGUUUUAUGCCAUCCCAGAUGAGAUGCCAGAAAAUCAAGAAAAACUGUGUAUAUUGACAGCUGAAUUGUUAGAAUAUUGCAAUGCUCAGAAAAGCUGUCUGUCCUACAGACCAAAAAUUGGAGAUGCAUGCUGUGCCAAAUACACAAGUGAUGAUUUCUGGUACCGUGCGGUUGUACUGGGGAUAUCAGACUCUGAUGUGAAAGUGCUCUAUGCAGACUAUGGGAACAUCGAAACCCUGCCUCUUUCCAGAGUGCAGCCAAUUGCUGCCAGCCACCUGGAGGUCCCUUUCCAAAUCAUUAAAUGUUCACUUGAAGGACUGAUGGAGUUGAAUGGAAGCUGUUCUCAAUUAAUGAUAGAGCUACUAAAAAAUUUCAUGUUGAAUCAGAAUGUAAUGCUUUCCGUGAAAGGAAUUAUUAAGAAUGUUCAUACAGUGUCGGUGGAGAAGUGUUCUGAGAAUGGUACUGUCAAUGUGGCUGAUAAGCUGGUGAUGUAUGGGCUGGCAAAAAACAUCACAUCUAAAAAGCAAAGUGCUUUAAAUAAAGAAAAGAUGCACAGGAUGAAUUGCUGCUGUACACAGUUGCAGAAACAAGUUGAAAAACAUGAGCAGAUUCUUCUCUUCCUUUUAAACAAUCCAACUAAUCAAAAUAAAUUUAUUGAAAUGAAAAAACUGCUAAAAAGUUAAGAACACUGUCUUUUGGAAAUAAACAUGAGAAAGGAAACAAUGAAAACUAGACUUGAGAAAAAGCUUUGCAUCUUGUGUGUGUUUUAAUGGAACCUUUUCUUUUUCUUUAAUGACCUUUUUUGCCUCCAUUUUUGCUUGCUUACCAUUGUUCUCUUAGGUUGCUAGCCCCCCCACCCUUUCUUCCCACCAAAUAAGUCUUGGAAAGAAGAGUCAUAGCAAAUUCAUGGGGAUGCCUGGAAAGGAUAUGUAGGGCUUUCCACUGUGUAUAUAUAACUUUUUUUUUUUUUCAUUUUACGUGCUUGGGAUUGAACCCAGGGCCUCACGCAUGCUAGGCAAGUGCUCUACCACUGAGCCAUAUCUCCAACCCUGUAACUUUUUAUUACUUAGAAGAACUAAAGGAAAAAAUAUAGUUCUGUGUUAAUUUGGAUAAAUCUAAUGGGUAGAUAUAGGAGCUUUGUCAUUUUCUGUGUUUGAGAUGUUUCCUAAUAUUCCCUGUGCUCCCUGUCAUCAUCUGCCUCUUCCACAUAAUAAAUGUUCUUUGGUUCCUUGCACCUUUAGCGUCUGCUCUUUUCCUGUCCAUCCUGUGAGGGCUCCAGCUUCUUCUAACCAUUUUCCAUCAGAUUGCUUUUCUUUUAGCCUUUAGGCAUGGAGUCUGUCCCAGAGCUGUGGACCACUCCACUGGGAAGGGACUUUUUCUUUUCCUCCUCCUGUAUUCUUCCAAAUCUGUACCCAGUUAGAUUUUUACUAUAGAAAGAAUUUACUGUUUUCUGAAGCACAAAUAUAGUUAUCAAUUCAAGUUUAAAAACUGAGAGUGUAUAUUUUUCUUGAAGCACAUAAUGUUAAAUUCUCCUAAAUUUACAUUGCAUAAUUAUGGGCAAGCUGACUUGGGAAUUUCCCCAUGAUGUAAGUACCAGACUAUGACAACUUUGUGUGUUGUCACCAAUACAAAGGUCUGGUUUUUGUUGUUUUUGCAUUUACUGAUAAUGUGUGUCAGUUGUUCUGUUAUAUUUAAAUGGAAUUUCCUCACAUAAAAAGUUGUUCGGAUGUUGAUGUGCUUCUAUUUUGAUAAAAGUUUGUGCUGCUUUGCCCAAUAAAGUCCUCCGCUUGUCAA